AUGCAGCAGCAGCAACAACAGCAGCAGCAGCAGCAGCAACAGCCCCAGCAGCAGCAGCUGGAGGACCGGCGACAGCAGCAGCAAGACCACCCACCGCGAGGCCACGAAUUGACAUCAGCAGCAAGAGAGAUCAACUGCAUCUGUGAGUACACCCUUAGCAGCGGCAGCAACAACAACAGCAGCAACAGCAGCAACCGCAAUAACAGCAGCAGCAGCAGCAAAACCAGCAACAGCAGCAGGAACAACAACAACAACGGCAACAACAGCAGCAGCAGCUGCUGCAGCAACAACAACAGGAGCAUCAUUAUCAUCGUCAGCUGCAGCAGCAGCAGCAGCAGCAGCAACAGCAGCAGCAGCAGCAGCAGCAGGGAUGGCCACUCUGCGCUGUCUAUGGCAACACUUAGAGGGCAUAACAGAAACACUAAGCUUCCUGCUGCUGCUGCUGCUGCUGCUGCUGGGAAGAACAGGGGGACUCGCGUGCAGCAGCAGCAGCAGCAACAGCAGCAGCAGCAGCAGGGAAAGACACAAAACACGUCUGGAGACGGGCCUAACGCUCCUGCUGCUGCUGCUGCUGCUGCUGCAGGCAGCAUCGAUAACCCAGCAGCAGCAGCAGCAGCAACAGCGACGUCCCCGCAGGAGCGUCUUCUUGCGCAGCAGCAGAAAGGGGGUCUCCCUUCUGUUGACGAAAAGAGAGCAGCAGCAGCAGCAGCAGGGGUUACAGGAGGAGCAGCAGGGGCCUGGUCUAAUGUUGUUGCUGCUGCUGCUGCUGCUGGCGGAGCAGCUGUGGGGCCCCACCCUGUUGUUGCUGCUGAGGGCUGCACUGCGCGGCUGCUCUUCUCCAGGGCUUUUCAAUCAGCUGAGCACAGAUGGAGACGCCUUGCUGUUUUGCUGCCUCCGCAAGACGACGUAACUUGUGCUGCUGCUGCUGCUGCUGGUCCGGGGUCCGCAGCAGCAGCAGCAGCAGCUGCUGCUGCAGCAGUGGACUGGGGAGUACCGCAGCAGCAGGAGCAGCAGCAGCAGCAGCAGCACUUAUUCUUUCAUGAUGUGCAGCAAGAAAUUCAGUUCAAAGAACCCACUUGGCCUUGUGGGCCCCUGCUGAUGCUUGCUGUCCCCUCCCAGCAGCAGCAGCAGCAGCAGCAGCAGCAGCAGCAGCGGCAGGGCUCUUCAGCAGCAGCAACAGGAGCAGGCGGUCCUGCUGCUGCUGCUGCUGCUGCUGCUGCUGGUGUCCCAUUUCACUGGGAGGGAGAGGCGCAGGGCAGCGUCAGUCGUGCUGCUGCAGUGGAGGCAGCAGCAGCAGCAGCAGCUGCUGCUGCUGCUUUCCUGUGGCCGGUGGCAUUCGUCAGAAAGAGGAUCGGUAGAGAAGGAGGAGGAAGCUGCUGCAGCUGCGGCAGCAGCUGCAGCACGGAGUUGUUUGCUGUUGCUGCACUGGCCUUAGAGGAGGACCUGCAGCCAGAGGAGACACUACCCCAAAACCAUCAAUGCUUUAGGUCUCUUCAGACAACAGCAGCAUUCAGCUUUUUGGAUGAUCUCCUCGAGUUGUUCAUCGCCACUUUGCCGCCUCUCCCCGCCCUACAAGCUGCAAAAGUGUCUCCUCCUGAAGCAGCAGCAGCAGCAGCAGCUGCUGCUGCUGCUGCUGCUGGCGGGGGUGCCAGUGCUUGGCGUGACAGGAACAGCAGCAGCCGCCACGGAGGCCCCUCCCCAGCGAGCGCAGCAGCAGCAGCAGCAAAGGACCUCUUCGGGGGCCCCUCCACUGCAGCAGGCGCCCCACAGCGUCGCAGAGCACUUGGAGGGUUUAGUUUGCUGCUGCAGCUUGCUGCUCCUUUCGGUAGACCUGCGGUUAGCGAGCUGAGGCGUUUGCUGCUGCUGCUGCGGCAGCUGCAGGCAGCACCCCCAGACAGCCUCUUAAGCAUACCCGCAGAUAAGACUCCUGCUGCUGCUGCUGCUCGCGCAAACCCGCAGCAGCAGCAGCAGCAGCAACAGCAACAGCAGCAGCAGCAACAGCAGCAGCAGCAGCAGCAGCAACAGCAGCAGCGGUUUGUGCUACCUCCUAGGCCUGUAAUGGAGGGGCCCCCUCAGCCUCUCUUCAAGCUGCGGCAGGCAGCACUAAUAGCUCGAGGGCUGCCGGAUGAUGCAAGAGAUGCUGCAGCAGGGCCUGAGCAGGUGAAGCGUCUCCUUCAAUAUAAACCUUAUGGGGAGACAGCAGCAGCAGCAACAGAUGCACAGACAUGCCUUCGGCGGCUCCAGCUGCUGCAGUGGCGGCGGGAGCUAAAGCAGCAGCAGCUCAAGCAGCAGCAGCAGCAGCAGCAGGAAGCUGUCUCUUGUCUGGAUUCACCAGGCAAGGGCGCAGCAGCAGGUGCUGCUUUGCUGCCUGUAGGGGGACCCACGGGGGAGAGCAGCAAGGAUCAUGCUGCAGCCGCAGCACCUGUUGCUGCAGCAGCACCCGCUGAUCUGGCUGCAGCAACACCUACUGGUGCUGCUGCGCGUAGCAGCAACAGCAGCA